CGGUUUCGCUAUGUGAGCUGAAUAUUUCAGUCUGCAGUGACAAUAUCUUCGGUUAAUCUUCAAUCUCCAGAGAGAAUCAAUCAGACUAAAAUAUUCGACAUCGGAGGAGGAAGAGCCCGAUCAUCAGAUUUCCCACACCAUUAUUUUUGUUAUUAAGCUAGAUGUUGCUCAUUGUUUUGUCUUCCACCAACAAGAGAUCUCUGUUCUGGAAAAGAGGGAAACAGAAUCUUUAAAAACCAAAGGGAGAGCCAAUGAACUAGAACUUGGACACGUAAAAGGAGAGUAUGGAUCCAAACCUUUGCAGAACAAAGACCACAUUGUACUAAAGACAUGGAUAUCGUAAUGGGGACAGAUUCUGGACCUCUUGAAAUAAAAGAAGAACCAGAGGAACUAGAACUGCAACAAGUUAAAGAAGAUUAUGAUCAAUCAGGAUUUCAGCACAUGGUAAAAAUUGAGAUUGAAGACAUCAGUCAGGAUGAAAACCAGGAUGCACUGAAGCAGGAGACGGAUACCUUAAUGGGAAGAGACUCUCCAUCUGUCGAACUCAAAGAGGAACCAGUAGAACUCAAACCUAAACAAGUGCAGGAAGAGGAGUUUGGAUCAGAACCUCAGCAGAUGGCAGAGAAAGAGGCUGAAGGCAUCAGUCAGGAUAAAUACCAGAAUAUACUAAAGCAGGAGACUGAUAAUUUAGUUCUAUCUGAUAAUGAUGGAGACCAACAACAACCACCAGAUGUAAAUACAAACCAAAUCCUCUUACAGAACUUCUCCAAAGUAGAGCUUCAGGAAAUAAACACUCAUGAAGCUUCAGGAUCCAGUAAAGAUGAUUGGCAACAGAAAAUGGCUCAGAAAACCAGAGGACAAAGUGAUGAUGUUGAGAAAGGGAUGAAGGGCAGAAAAAUUCAGAAUAGUAAACAAUGUAAAGUGUGUGGAAAAUGUUUUAGAUGUAAUAGUGAUUUAACAGGUCACAUGAGAAGUCACACAGGUGAGAAGCCUUUCUCAUGUGGAACCUGUGGGAAAUGUUUCAAUCACAAACAUAAUUUGAAUAGCCACAUGAGAACUCACACUAGUGAAAGGCCUUUCUCAUGUAAAACCUGUGGAAAAGGUUUUAAUCAAAAAAUUAGUUGGAAAUGCCACAUGAGAACUCAUACAGGUGAGAAACCUUUCUCAUGUCUAACCUGUGGGAAAUGUUUCAAUCACAAACAUAAUUUAAAUAGCCACAUGAGUAGUCACACAGGUGAGAAGCCUUUCUCAUGUCUAACCUGUGGAAAAUGUUUCAUUCAGAAGUUUAGUUUGACUAUUCACAUGAGAACUCACACGGGUGAGAAGCCUUUCUCAUGUAUAACCUGUGGAAAAUGUUUCCGUCAUAAACAUGAUUUGAAUCGCCACAUGACGACUCACACAGGUGAGAAGAAGCCUUUCUCUUGUUCAGUCUGUGGAAAAGGUUUGGUUCAGAAACGUAAUUUGAGUGUUCACAUGAGAACUCACACAGGUGAGAAACCUUUCUCAUGUAUAACCUGUGGAAAAAGUUUCAUCCAAAAACGUAGUUUAAAUAGUCACAUGAUAAGUCACAGAAGUGAGAAGCUCUUCUCAUGUAUAAUCUGCGGAAAGGGUUUCAAUAAAAAAUCUAAUUUUGCCUGCCACAUGAGGAUUCAUACAGGUGAGAAGCCUUUUUCAUGUCUAACCUGUGGUAAAGGUUUUAAUCAAAAAAGAUUUUUGAGUACCCACAUAACGACUCACACUGGUGAGAAGCCUUUCUCAUGUUUAACUUGUGGAAAAGGUUUUAUGCAAAAACAUAGUUUGACUAGCCACAUGAGAAAUCACACAGGUGAAAAACCUUUCUCAUGUUUAACUUGUGGAAAAGGUUUCAUUCAAAAACGUAGUUUGACAAGCCACAUGAGCUAUCACACAGGUGAGAAGUCUUUUUCAUGUGGAACUUGUGGAAAGAGUUUCAAUAAAAAAUCUACUUUUACUAGCCACAUGAUAACCCACACAGGUGAGAAGCCUUUCUCAUGUUUUACUUGUGGAAAAAGUUUCAUUCAAAAACGUAGCUUGAGUAGACACAAUAGAACUCACACAGGGGAAAAGCCUUUCUCAUGUAUAAUCUGUGGAAAGAGUUUCUAUAAAAAAUAUAGUUUCACUUACCACAUGAGGAUUCAUACAGGUGAGAAACCCUUCUCAUGUAAGACCUGUGGAAAAGGUUUUAAUCAAAAAAGAUUUCUGAAUACCCACAUGCUAGCUCACACAGGUGAGAAGCCCUUCUCAUGUCUGACCUGUGGAAAAAGUUUCAUUCAAAAACGUAGUUUGAAUAGCCACAUGCUAGCUCACACAGGUGAGAAGCCUUUCUCAUGUCUGACCUGUGGAAAGAAUUUCCUUCAGAAACGUAGUAUGACUAGCCACAUGAGAAUCCACACAGGUGAGAAGCCGUUUUUAUGUUUGACCUGUGGGAAAGGUUUCCUUCAAAAAUGUAGUUUGACGUGCCACAUGAGAUCUCACACAGGUGAAAAACCUUUCAUAUGUGGAACUUGUGGAAAAGGUUACAGUCGUAAACAUAGUUUGAUUAAGCAUCUUACAACUCACAAAAUGGAAUCUUUUCCCAUUUCAUACUUGUAAUAAAGGUCUCUGUAGCUGUAUUUCACCUACUGAAACUUGUAAAACUGUAAAUAGAAACUGUUUAAAGUUACCCAUACAAGUCGGAAGGCUUUAUUGUUAUUAAUGCUGCUGCUGAAUUCAAAGACAUUUAAAUUCUCUUACAUUUGUGCAAAUCUUUGGAUAAUUAAACCUACUUAUGCAGAUAAAUAGUUUUGAGGUCUGUGCUCAGACUUUCAGACUGACAUUGUUUAAACCUGGCAUGUUCUUGUUCUGGCUCAUUUAACUGGAGAAUUUAGCUGAGAUCCCUGGCAUAGAUAUGAGUUAAUAAUAAUACAUGAUAGUAAUGACUCUGUGACUACAAAAGCAGCAUCAGAAGAUGUUCCUCUGAACGGGUCUGAGAUGGGAAUGAAGAAACAUUGGAUUGGUUUCAGUUUUGGUCUAAAUAUUCAGUUGAAUCUACAAGUAGAAUAAGACAUAAAAUCACGACCCCUGAAGUAGUUGGGAUGUUUAUCUACAAGGUAGAUCAAAGUUGAAACUUACUGUCAAAUGAUUUUCUUUGUAUUUGACAUUUUGUGACAGGUCUUUGAAUAAAUCUGGAUAUUGAACCAUCUUGUCUUCUACUCUUUAUUCUUAAGCGGGUUUUUAUUCUUAAAAAUAUGAGAAUGGGAAUAUCAAAGUUAGUUGCUUUUGGUAUUCUUUUUAGUAGUUUGUUGUUCUUGUAGCUGUUUGUCAGUUUCUAUCAGAAAGGAUGUUCAGGAAAAAUAACUCCAUAAAGAUUAAUGUCUAGUUAUGUGAUGGUUUGUAAUAAUAGUUUUGCUCUGUCUGUUUUUUUCACAGAUUGUAUUGAAAUGAUGCAUGAUGUGAAAUAAAAAGAAUAACAAAAAGAGACAUUUCUCUGUAUUUAAUCAGUGACAACUAUUAAAAUGAAUGAACAUGCCUGUCAAUCUACAGCAUAAAAAACCCUUUAAAAAAUGAAGUAAGUCUGUUAUGUGGAUUAAUGCUGGACUAAAUUAUAUUAAUGUUCAUCAAAAAAUCAGUCUGACUAUCAAUUUAAUACUGAACUCAAACUUCGACCAGAGUCCAUCAGAGUCCACAGACUGAAUCAUAUGAAUCUGCAGAUCUGUGUUUGCAUGACCUUCAACCUUCUCGAUUAUUUGCUGGGAAAGUUUAAAUCAAACUGCCAAAAAAAUCCCUAUGAAUAAAAAUAGAAUUAUCUGAAAAAUAACAGCUCUCUUAAUUUUCCAAGUAUCCGUUUGCUCCAGGUUGUUACCUUAAUGCUGACUUCACUCUAAAGACAGCACCUGUAGAAGAUUUGAAUCUGUGUCAUCAGUGAACUCCUGCAAUCAGUUGAACCUUGAAAAUGUUUUCAGCUGUGAUGCUCCUUUUUUUGGUCAAUAUAAGAUGAACAGAGAACCACCUACUGCAGGUAAUAAGCUAAAAUUUUAAUAUUCAAUUUUCUGUUUUCAU